AUGGGUGAUUACACAACAGCUCUUAAAACCCUUAAAAGUGCUUAUCAAAUUCAGCAAAAAAUUUUUGAAGAAGGUAAUCCAGCUUUUGCUUCAACAUACAGCUGGUUUGAAAAGGUUUAUCGCAAUCAAAAAACAUUACCUGAAGGGCAUCCAUAUUUUGGCAUUACAUACAGUAAUAUUGGUGAUGUUCAUCGAUUAAUGGGUGAUUAUGAGAAGGCACUUACAUUUCAUAGAAAAGCAUUAAAUAUUCAAGAAAAUAUUCAAUGUAAUCCUCUUGAAUGUGCAACGACAUAUAUAAAUUUAGGUGAAACUUGUCGUCAGAUGAAAGAUUAUUCAACGGCAUUGUUAUAUUAUCAAAAAGGAAUAGAAAUACGUGGAAAGAAACUAUCAAAAAGUCAUCCUGUUUUAGCUGUAGUAUAUCACAAUUUGGCGAAAUUAUAUUUAUCCACUCGACAAUAUAAUAUGGCAAUAAAAAAUGUUCAACAAGCGAUAGAAAUUGCUCACGAAAAAUAA